UUCAAUCGAAUGUCGCGUACAGUUCACACCAGAGAGUAAAUAUCCGAGUAAAAAUUCCACAUUUUCCAAGCUAAAUUUGUUCAAAUAUUUCCUGAAAUUCCAUAAAUUAAAUAUACUUCCUUGUCUUGUCUCGUCUCGUCUCAUUCGGUGGGCUGUCUUCCCAGCACAGUUCGAAUGAGUUGGGCGGACAAAAAACCUGUGCAUAAUCCGCAGGAGGAGCCCAAAAAGAUAGCAAUUGUUGCACCCACCACGGAGAUGCAGGCCAAGCAGGACAAUGAACCAGAGGAAGUGGGCACGGCCACACAGCUCAAGAGUGGGAGUGAGCCAAAUGAAGUCAAGCAGGUCCAGAAGGACAAUGACGAUGAUCAAGAGGAUGAAUAUCUGCAGGCCAAGACGGACACAGCCAAUCCACAGCUUGAAAUCAAAAGUUCAAUGCCAGAGGGAGACAGUGAUCAACAGGCCACGGAUGGGCAGGGCAAGACAGGAACAGAUGGAACAGAUGUCGAUACACAACCGCCAGAAGAGGCAUCAGAGGAUGUUAAAUAUGUUUUCUCGGUUGAAAAGAUGAAGCAGAGUCUUUUGGAGUCCAUAGUGCAAGAGGCCAUGGAGGUGCAGGCUAUGGAAAUGGAGGCCCUGCUGCUGGGGAACAAGACGGCAGCAGGACCACCCAUCAAGAGUGCCGAGGAUCGCCUAGCCAAGAAGUGCCAGGACAGGGAGGACAGGGAGGCCAAGAAGGCCGCCUAUGAGUAUUGGCUGGCUCUCAAGCCCAUGAAGAAGGUCAUCUCCACUCUGAUCAAGUCGCGCCAAGCCCCCAAGCUCAAGUGGUUCGAUGUACACCUGGUGACUGCAGGCAAUUUCAAAAACCUCAAAUAUAAGGGCGCCGCCCACACUAUCGACGAGAAGGACAAGGAUCCAAAGAGCUCUAGUGCUACCAAACCCGUCUAAAUCACUAGCAUUUAUUCCCAAUUUGUUCCGUGUUAAAUAAAUGUAAUUCAUGUUAAA